AUGUCUCACGAUGAUCAGAAACUAAAUAUUGCUGAGGAACUAGCGAAAAAUAGAAACAAUAAUAAUAGCAGUGCCAGUAAUAAUAGUAACAACAACAACAACAAUAGUGCCAGCGCUAGUACUACAGGUAUAAUGUCUCAAGUAAGGAUAUCUUCAUUAUUAUCAGAUACAGAUUCACCAUCUAUAAAUAGUAAUACCAGUACAAAUACAAACACUCCUGUUCCUUUAAUGGCGAUUGCUCCUCUUCCUUCUCCCAAUACUACCACCUCUACUACGAAGACUAGUACAACUAGCGAGACUGCUACAACUGCUGCAACUGCUACCACCACUAGUUCUACUCCUAAUGACACUAGUUCAACAUUGACAAAAUCAUUAAAUUCAAAUAUUAAAAAAAAUGAAGCUUCAACAACUAUAAAAAGACAGAAUGUAAAGACUCCUAAAGUUAAAAAUAUAAAUACUACAAAUGCAGACAAUAAGAAGAAAAACUCAUCAGUUUCGAAUAAUCUGUCUAAUAGUAAUACAAAUUCAAAUACCCCCAAUAGUAAUAAAAAAAGUAAGACUGAUUCUCCAAAAGUAAAAUCAAAGGGGAAAAUAAAUAAACCAAGCAUUUCAAGGGAUACUUCAAAAUUAGCAAAAGAUGCAUCUACACUAAUAUCAUCAACAUCAAUAUCUACUACUGGUGGAACAUCAGCUUCAUCUACAACCGCGGCCACUUCCAAUAAUAUUCCUACUACUUCUAAUACUUCUGCCACCAAUCCCGCAACAACAACUACAACAACAACAACAACUACAACUAGCAAUCAGAAUAAUAGUUCUGGAAACUCAUCUUCUGUAAAAAAAUUGCUUCCUGCAUCACAAAUUAAAGCACCUUCUUUGCUAGAGGUUUUUGAAAUGGAAAAAGAUAGAGCAACAUCAACUGAACCAGCUGAUCCAGUGGUUAUUGUAGAUAUACCACUAUAUCAAACUUCAAAUAAUGAUUAUCUAGACGAAAAUGGCCAGGUGAAUUUCAGUCUGUCUCAAAUAAUAAGAGAAAAUUUCAGUUCAUUCAAAUUAAAUAAUAAAAAUAACAGUGGAACGCCAGAAAGUGAAAGCGAACUAUUACGUGCAAAAAGAAAUCUACUGGGACAGUUGAAUGAAACAACAGGUAAAGUUGAAGGUAUCGAUGGUAAUGAAGAAGAUCUAGAUUCAAUGGUUAUAGAUGAUGAUGAAGAUGACGAUGAAGAUGAAGACGAAGAUAAAUUAACGAACUCUCCAAAGAAAAAAUCACACCCUAAUAAAGGUAAAAAUCUAAUAGGUAAAUAUGACACAGAAGAUCCAUUUAUUGACGAUUCCGAAUUGGCUUGGGAAGAACAGAGAGCGGCUACGAAGGAUGGUUUCUUCGUUUUUUUUGGUCCUCUAAUCGAGAAAGGUCAUUAUGCUAGUUUAGAACGAACUAAUGGUACAAUGAAAAGGGGUGGUAUCAAAAAUAAAUAA